CAAUAUCCCCAGUCUUGCUUUGAAGAGAUCAGAGGAACACCAAGUCAAGUUGUGCAAAUUCUGUAGUUUGGGUGUCUGUAUCUAUUCAGCAUGACGUUGGCUUACCUCUUCUCUCUCCUUGGAUACCUGCUCAUUGGUGAACAUGUUCUGCCUGCUACAGCCUCCAAACAAUUUCGAGAUGUGAUGACUCAUGGAACAGCAACUUCUCGUAACGAGUACCACCACAGGCUAAAUCACUGGUAUUCUGAUCAUAAUAACUGGAAUGAUAAGCUUUACCCCUUCUGGGGAAAAAGAGACCCCAGAUGGAAAAACUGCUGGAAAGGUGGAAAAGUAGUAGCCAGUUUGACCAGUGAUAGCCCAGCUUUAGUAGGAUCCAAUGUGACAUUUACUGCAAUGCUAAAAUUUCCCAGAUGUCAGAGGGAAGAUAAUGACAGCAAUAUAAUAUAUGAUCGAAAAUGCCUAAAUGAUUCUUCAGUUCUUUCUGGUGAAUAUGUCUAUAAUUGGACCCAAUGGAUUGAUGACUGUAGCGGGCUAAACUGCAUAAAUAACAACAGCUACAACGUUUUCCCAGACGGAAGACCUUUCCCUCACCAGCAUGGUUGGAAGAGAAGAAAUUUCAUCUACAUAUUUCACACACUUGGUCAGUAUUAUCAAAAGAAAGGAGGCUCAUCAGUUAUUGUGUCGAUCAACACAACAAAUAUCACUGUUGGUAAACAAAUAAUGGAGUUGGCAGUUUACAGAAGAGGUUAUCGCUCAUAUGUACCUGUAACCACAACAAAUGUUAUUUAUGUUGUAACAGAUCAAAUCCCCCUCUAUGUGAAUAUAUCCCAGAAGAACAACCGCAAUGUUUCAGACUUUAUCUUCAUCAAGGAUAUCCCCAUUAUGUUUGAUGUUCGGAUUCAUGAUCCCAGCCACUACCUGAAUCAUUCUGUUAUUUCCUACCGCUGGAAUUUUGGAGAUGGCAGUGGUUCAUUUGUUUCCAACAGUUCUGUUUCAACACAUACAUACACACUUCUGGGAAAUUUCAGUGCUGACUUGUCUGUUCAAGCUAUUAUACCUGCACCUUGUGGGCCAGUGACAGUUUCUCCUUUAUCUACAUUUCCAGUGACUACCCAGUUGCCUUCUAAUGCAACUCCCACCUCUCCUAGUUUAACUGAGUUGCCUACAGGACAGCCUCCUGCUGAAAGGUGCAAUAUCACUCGAUAUGGAACUUACAAAGCAUCACUCACCAUUGUAGAGGGGAUCCUUGAGGUAAACAUUAUCCAAAUGACAAGUGUCCAGAUGACAGCUACUCAAGUUGGAAACUCCAUGGUUGAUUUUGUAGUAACCUGUCAAGGGAGUCUACCUACAGAUGCCUGCACAUUAAUUGCUGAUCCCACAUGUACGAUUUUACAGAGUGAGUCAUGUCACCCUGUUGAUGUUGCUGAUGUGUGUUUCUUGAUCAUAAGAAGAGCCUUCAAUGAAUCUGGAACCUAUUGUGUCAACAUCACACUGGCUGAUGCAACAAGUCUAGCACUCACAAGUACUCUGAUCUCCAUCAAUGGAGCUGAAGCAUCCUUUCCAAGGACAGCAGAAGGAUUUCUGGUUACCUGUGGUGUCUUGGUGGUGUUUGCUGUUUUCUUAACCUUUUUCCUUUACAAGAGAUAUAAAGAAUAUAAACCUAUUGAAAGAAAAACAGGUCAAGAGAAAUCCGGUGAAGGACUGAGUGUUUACUUCAAUAAUGUCAAGGCCAUUCUCUUCCCAGGAGGCAAUGAGAGAGACCCUCUGCUGAAAAGCAAGCUGGGAAUUGUCUAAUUCUUCAGGCUAAUGUUUUAAAGUUGCAUAUAUUUCAAAUUUUACACUGAACUGCAAUUCACUGUAGGGAUGCAGUGAAAAAGGGAGGGGGGAUGGUAUACUUGCAUUACAUAUAGAAUAAAAGCUCUUGUUCAAUUAACUUGGAAGUAUAAAAUAGCAUCACACAGAAAAAACAUAUUUUACUUGCUUAUCUUGGAUAUGCUAUAGUGUAUCAGUUAAUAAACUAUUUAUACUGGGUAUUAUAUUCAGUAUCUUAGAUUAUUGCAGAGAUUUGUCCAGGCAGUCACCAGGAGUCAAUACUGACCCAUAGGCAAAAUAAACAAACAAACAAACAAAACGAUAAAUAAAUAAAUAGAAUUAUUUACUCUUGAGGUUCAAUAAAUGUCUGCCUGGUUGAGCACUUUUUACUAAGGGAUUUAAGCUUGCAUUGAAUUCUACUGAAUUUAGAAGAAAUUACUUCUGUGCAAGCAUGCCAGGAUCAUGCUUCAAACCAGAGUUCCUUCAUCUUGUAUACUCACUCAGUUUCAAAGUAACUAGUUUAAAAAUUAGGUAUGAAAGCUAUUAGGAUAAGCAUUAUUUGCUGGAGACUCUGGAUAUCAUUUACUGCAACAGCUUCAAAUGUUUAGCUAAUAGUUUAAUCACUGCUUGGAGAACAAUUUAAAAAUGCAUUAUUUUUUUGCUCUAAUUUCUUUGCUUAUUUAAUUCACUCUAGUUGAAGUGCAUUAGAAGGGAAUUUCCUGUGUACUAAGAGGAGGAGAAGGUGGCAAUGUCUAGCAAAAUAGCCUUGUCUCUACUUCCUAAACAUGUAUCUUUUUAGAACUGUUUUGAAAGAUCAGGUGGGCUCAGACAUUAUUUCACAGUUGUUGGAGACAAGCCUUUAAGAUGGAACUUGCAAAUUUAUUUUCAUCCUGAUUUUGACUUACACAUUUUCUCUCCCUUCUCACUUGGCCCGACAGGGACAAGAUGAGGUUUGUUUUCUCUAUUAAAGCAGGACAUCAGAGUACUUCAGUCUCCAAAAUUCAUAAUGAGUUUGCAAAGCCAGGUCAAGCACACAUGGACUAGUUCAGUAAUACUCCAUGGGCAAGAACCGAAGAACAAAGAAAACAGUGUGUACUUAUUAUCAAGCAACAAGGAACAACAGAUGUGUAAAAACAUGACUGGUUACAAAGCCAAUUUGCUUGCUAAAUAUUUACUGCUACAGGUUAAACCCUUACUAUGCUCAGGAGCUCCAUGCUAAAACAUGUAUUAAUAUUCAAAUAGCUUAAAUUCUUCCACACUACCUACCUGCAGCAAUGUAAGACCCCCAACCCUUUCCCCAGCAGAAUACAGUGUUAUCUUAA